UAAGGUAGUAGUACUGUAAGGUAGUACUGUAAGGUAGUAGUACUGUAAGGGAGUAUUUGUCCCGGCAGGAUCUACACGCCCUUCACGGAGAACACGGCCUCGGUGGGCCGCCGGCUGCUGAACUCGGUCCUCAACACCAUCAUCAUGAUCAGCGUCGUCGUGGUGAUGACCGUCUUCCUGGUCGUCCUCUACAAGUACCGCUGCUACAAGUUCAUCCACGGCUGGCUCAUCCUGUCCUCCCUCAUGCUGCUCUUCUGGUUCAGCUUCAUGUACCUCGGCGAGGUGUUUAAGACGUACAACGUGGCGGUGGACUACCCGACGGUUGCCGUGGUGAUCUGGAACUUCGGGGGGGUGGGGAUGAUCUGCAUCCACUGGAAGGGCCCGCUGGCGCUGCAGCAGGCCUACCUCAUCCUCAUCAGCGCCCUCAUGGCCCUCGUCUUCAUCAAGUACCUCCCCGAGUGGUCGGCCUGGGUCAUCCUGGGCGCCAUCUCCGUCUACGACCUGGUGGCCGUCCUGUCCCCUAAAGGUCCUCUCCGCAUGUUGGUGGAGACGGCACAGGAACGCAACGAGCCCAUCUUCCCCGCCCUCAUCUACUCCUCGGCCAUGAUGUGGACAGUGGGGAUGGCGAGCCCAGCGGACGCUCAGCGCUCCGGACACGAAACAGACGAGGAGGCGGAGCAGAGCGGUGGGGGGGCGGAGCCUGAGAGCAGCGGGGGGGCGGAGCCUGAGAGCCGACAGCCCCGGCCGUUUACAGACAGCGAGCUGGAGGAAGACCGGGGGGUGAAGCUCGGCCUCGGGGAUUUCAUCUUCUACAGCGUUCUGGUUGGAAAAGCUGCCGCGACCGGCGGAGACUGGAACACCACGCUCGCCUGCUUUGUCGCCAUUCUUAUCGGUCUGUGCCUGACGCUGCUGCUGCUCGCUAUCUUUAAGAAGGCUCUGCCGGCGCUACCCAUCUCCAUCACCUUCGGCCUGGUGUUCUACUUCUCCACUGACUUCCUGGUUCAGCCCUUCAUGGACAACCUGGCUGCCAACCAGUUCUACAUCUGAGAGCAAGGCCCGCCCCCUCCCAUCUGAGAGCAAGCCCCACACCCUCCCAUCUAAGAGCAAGCUCUACUCCCUCCCAUCUGAGAGCAAGCUCUACUCCCUCCCAUCUGAGAGCAAGCCCCACACCUUCGCCAUCUGAAAGCAAGCUCUACUCCCUCCCAUCUGAGAGCAAGCUCUACUCCCUCCCAUCUGAAAGCAAGCUCUACUCCCUCCCAUCUGAGAGCAAGCUCUACUCCCUCCCAUCUGAGAGCAAGCCCCAGACCCUCCCAUCUGAGAGCAAGCCCCAGACCCUCCCAUCUGAGAGCAAAGACCACCCCCUCCCAUCUGAGAGCAAGCCCCAGACCCCUCCUAUCUGAGAGCAAGUCCCAAACCCUCGCCAUCUGAGGGCCAGCAUUGAUGUAACACACAAAGACUACUUCCUGUCUCCUACCUUCUCUAAAAGUCUGUUUGAGGAACUCGAUGCGUUGUCUGAUACCUGCUGACGACUAGUUUAAACAUCCUGUAACUCGUUUAGAGUCUCUGAAUUCAAACGCUCGCCGUGACGUUUUGUUACUCCAAGCAGCGCGGCUGCGUGUGAUUGGCUGACGCUGCCGUCAGUCCGAGCAAAACAGACCUGUAAAGAUUCCCUCUGGAGAUUUAAGCUUUUUAUUGUGUCCUGUCCUGGCUGCCGGUGUCUGUUCUCCACCUGGAGCAUGUUGUUUAAAGUCCUGCUGACAUUAUUUCUUCAUAAUGUAGUCAGACACUUCUCUGUAACGGACGCAGGUUCUUCCCUCUUUAACACUACACCAGCUGCUUUGAUUUGUUGCUCUGGAAGCUGAUUUGUAUAUUUAACAUUGUAUUAAUAAUUUGGAAUAAACGUGUCUGUGAGGAU